UACAUGGCUGUGACAAUAACUGACGAGAAUUAUCUUGGGAGAUAAUAUGUCGGCAUUUGAUUGUGAAGAAUUAUAGGUCAGGUGAAAAAAAGGACUUGAGUUCCUGUAUGUUAUUACAAUUAUGACAUGACUCGUUAAUCAUGAAGCACACACCCCCGCCCUUCUUCUUCCCAGAGAGAUGUUUAUAUCUGUCGGCACAACGCAUAGAGAAACCCGGUGGCUGUACCGACUCAGACAACAUAUCCCGAGAGAGCCAUGUUUCUGUGAAACAGAGUAUGUAACAAUCCCUGUUGUCUCUCUGGAAAGCAACCCUUCCCUAAUUUCUACCUUGUUGUCUAGAGACUGGACAUUGGCGAGUAAUAUACUUGGAAGCGGUGGGUGAUGUGCACGCCUUCGAAAUCUGACAGGAGGACGUGUGCCCAUGAGGUCGUUGCUGUUGGUGCUCCUGCUCAUUGGCAUCCAGGCUGUACUGAACAUGGAAGGGGCCCUGGGCCCGGUGGCUGCCAACCACAGUGCAGAACAGCACACGGCAGCCAAUGGCAGAGCAGAACAGCACACAGCAGCCAAUGGCAGAGCAGAACACCACACAGCAGCCAAUGGCAGAGCAGAACUACAGAGGAUGGCCCGCCUGUCAGUGUCACCUCAGCAGGAGCAGCCAGCAGCAGACAGGAAUACUCAGCAGAGACCCAGCCGGACCAGACAGGCCCACAGACCAGCCUCUCUACCCCAGGACAGGAGUUCUUCCCUGGGCCACUCUGAGACAGACUCCUCCUCUUCCCCCUCCAUCCCUGAGGUGGACCCCAAACUGUUCAGCAAGCGGAAGUACCGCACCUCAUCACGCGUCAUCUUCAGCGACGUACCCCCCUCUCACCACACCCUGGGGGGGGAGACAGGGGAUGAGGAGGAAGGGGUGAGGGAUGGGGGAGUGAGGGUGAGGCGGAGAGCGGGGGGUCAGCCCAUGCACAGGGGGGAAUACUCCGUGUGCGACAGCAUCAGCGUGUGGUUGGGGAACCUGACCAAGGCCACAGACAUCGCCGGCAACGAGGUGGAGGUUCUGCCAGAGGUGAAGAUAGACAACGUCCGCAAGAGACAGUUCUUCUACGAGACCACCUGCCGUGUGGCCACACCCCCGGGGGGUGGAGCUGGGGCUGGGGGAGGGGCCAGUGGAGGCAUUUCUAAAGCAGGGUGCCGCGGCAUCGACAGCCGUCACUGGAACUCGUACUGCACCAACACGCACACGUACGUGCGCGCGCUCACCAAGUCCAAGGAGCAGACGGCGUGGAGGCUGAUACGCAUCAACGCAGCGUGUGUGUGUGUCCUCAGCCGCAAGUCCUGGAGGCACUGACCUCUCACCCCUAGGACUAUGGACCCAUAUAUAUACACACACACACCAACAAACACCGAUUGCACAGUCAGACACGUAAACAACCUUGAAACAGCCACUACAGAUGUAUUGUAGUGUUAGACUCCCCUCCCACACACAGACACACUCCCACACACAGACACACUCCCACACACAGACACACUCCCACACACAGACACACUCCCACACACAGACACACUCCCACACACAGACACACUCCCACACACAGACACACUCCCACACACAGACACACUCCCACACACAGACACACUCACCUGUAUCCGACCAGCCCCUUCCCCUCUCCCUACCCUACCUCAGUCAGAUUUCUGGUUCUUCUAACUUAUGAGGACUGCAUGUCAUAUUUAUAGUUUAUACAGUCGAAUAUAUAUUAAAUAAGUGUAUAUAUACAGUGCCUUCGAUAACUAUUCAGACCCCGUUGCCUUUUCAACAUUUUCUUACAUUACAGCCUUAUUCGAAAAUGAAUCAAAUAAAAUAAAUUG